AUGAAGUACACAACCGCCGUCCUCGCGUUGGCUGCCGCCACUGUCUCGGCCCAGGACAUCUCCAUCUUCCCAGAGUGCUCUCUGCCUUGCAUCAUCGACGGCAUCGGCACCACUUCGUGCGCAACUACCGAUUUCGUCUGCGUUUGCAAGAACAUGGACGCCAUCAAGCAGGCUGCCACCCCUUGCGUUGUCGAGAAGUGCGGCAUUGACGUUGGCCUGAACCAGGUUCUGCCCGCCACCGAGAAGUUUUGCGCGGCCGUUGGCGAUGGCAGCAGCAGCAGCAGCAGUGCCCCUCCCGCCGAGAGCACCACCGAGUCGACUGCCCCUACUUCUGUCUCGUCGAGCAGCGAGGAAGCUCAGCCGUCUGAGACCGAGACCCCCGGCGGCGGUGAUGACGAGCCGGCCACUACCACUACGGAAACCGGCUCCUUCAUUACCCCCAGCCCCACCGGCAGCCUGAUCCCCUCGUUCCCCAGCGGUGGCGAUGAGUACAGCACGCCGACUGAGACCGCGACCUCCUCGGUUUACACCGCCGGCGCGGCGGUCGUGGGGGCUGUCGGCGGCUUCGGCAUGAUGCUCAUGGGGGCCGUUGCUGCUUUGUAA